AAAAUAAAACAGGCGGGGUUUUAUAAACCACAGCCAAGAACUUUUGGAAUCAUCGGGAAGGCCAUUUCUGGGUCUGUCAGAUCCAGAAAAUGAUUGAGGGAACGUGCCUGCGGAGGCGAGGUGGACCUUAUAAAACAGAACCAGCUACAGACCUGAGGUGCUGGAGGCUGACUAAUGUGGAGGGCAGGCAGACCUGGAGCUAUGUGGAGGAUCAGGAAACCCCCCACAGACCCCAGAGCAUGCUGGAAGCUCACUCUCUUGGAGUAGACACCAGUAAGUUUGUAUCCAACACUCCAGCUGCUCAAACAGCUUUAGAUGCUGCUAAGAAAGGGAUGACCUUCUACAGACACCUUCAGGCUGAGGAUGGCCACUGGGCUGGAGACUAUGGUGGACCCCUCUUUCUGCUCCCAGGUCUCCUCAUCACCGGUCAUGUAGUAAAAAUUGAUCUGCCAGAGGCCUGGAAAAGGGAGAUGGUGAGAUACCUGCGUUCUGUUCAGCUGCCAGAUGGAGGCUGGGGUUUACAUGUAGAAGAUAAGUCUACUGUGUUUGGAACAACACUGAGCUAUACAUCCCUGAGGAUCCUGGGGGUGGAUCCUGAUGACCCAGAUUUGGUUCGUGCUCGGAACAACCUGCACAGCAAAGGUGGUGCAGUCGGGAUCCCAUCAUGGGGUAAAUUCUGGUUGGCUGUUUUAAACGUCUACAGCUGGGAGGGAAUGAACACAUUAUUACCAGAGAUGUGGCUUCUCCCCACCUGGAUGCCGGCCCAUCCCUCCACCCUGUGGUGUCACUGCCGUCAGGUCUACCUGCCUAUGAGCUACUGUUACGCUGUCAGACUGUCUGCAGAGGAAGACCCCCUAAUUCUCAGCCUCAGACAGGAGCUGUAUGUUGAGGACUAUUCCUCCAUUGACUGGCCUGCUCAGAGGAACAAUGUGUCAUCAUGUGACUUGUACACACCUCACAGCACCCUGCUGAAUGUCGCCUACAUGGUGAUGAAUGUGUAUGAAGCCCACCACAGCACCACACUGAGAGAAAAGGCUGUCAGAGAGCUUUAUGAGCACGUCCAGGCUGACGAUCGCUUCACCAAGUGCAUCAGCAUUGGACCGAUCUCCAAGACUAUCAACAUGCUGGUUCGUUGGCAUGUGGACGGUCCAUCCUCUUCCAUUUUUCAGGAACAUGUGUCCAGGAUCCCAGACUACCUCUGGCUUGGAUUAGAUGGACUAAAAAUGCAGGGGACAAAUGGAUCCCAGCUCUGGGACACAUGUUUUGCUGUUCAGGCUUUUCUUGAGGCCGGAGCUCAGAAUGACUCCAAACUGGCCGAGAGUCUUUGUGACGCCCAUCACUUUCUCAGAGUCACACAGAUUCCUCAAAAUCCUCCUGAAUACCAGAAAUACUACAGGCAGAUGAGCAAGGGAGGUUUCCCCUUCAGCACCAGAGACUGUGGCUGGAUUGUGGCCGACUGCACGGCUGAAGGUCUGAAGUCUGUGAUGCUGCUGGAGGAGCUCUGUCCCUCCAUCAGACAUCACUUUACUCCUGAACGUCUGUAUGAUGCUGUCAAUGUGCUUCUGAGUAUGAGGAACAGAGAUGGUGGAUUUGCUACUUAUGAAACUAAGAGAGGAGGAAAGCUCCUGGAGCUGCUGAACCCCUCUGAGGUGUUUGGUGACAUCAUGAUAGAUUAUACUUAUGUAGAGUGUACAUCAGCUGUGAUGCAGGCUUUGAGGCACUUUCAGAAGAUCCACCCUGAUCAUCAAACUCAGGAGAUAAGGUCCGCUCUGACAGAAGGUCUGGAGUUCUGCAGGAGGAUGCAGAGGCCUGAUGGAUCCUGGGAAGGGUCCUGGGGAGUGUGUUUCACAUAUGGAACAUGGUUUGGCCUUGAAGCCUUCGCGUGCAUGGGUCACACUUAUAAGAACAAGGACGUGCCUGAUGAGGUGCAGAAAGCCUGCCAGUUCCUGCUGGACCGACAGAUGCUGGACGGAGGCUGGGGGGAGGACUUUGAGUCAUGUGAGCAGCGGCGCUACGUCCAGAGCAGCACAGCUCAGAUCCACAACACCUGCUGGGCUUUAUUGGGACUCAUGGCCGUCAGACAUCCUGACCAGCAGGCCGUUGAGAGAGGAGUUCAGUUGUUGAUUGAUAAGCAGCUGCUCAACGGAGACUGGCCACAGGAGAACAUUGCGGGCGUAUUCAACAAGAGCUGUGCCAUCAACUACACCUCCUACAGAAACGUCUUCCCGAUCUGGUCCCUUGGACGUUUCUCAAGGCUUUACCCGAGCAGUCCGCUGACUGGAAAGAUGAAGAUGUGAAUAACUAAAACUUUUUCCUUCCAUGUUGACAGACUAGAGAUGAUCUGCUUAUCAUUUAGACUCAGAAGUUUUUGGAUUCUUCAUCUAAAUCUUUUUUGUAAUUUUGGGUUCUAGAAAAGAAUAUUGUGGCGGCCCUGCCACUGAUAGGCCGGCAAGGCCGCAUUGCACUCUGGGGGGUGGGGGGUAAAUUGGGUUUGUUUAUUCUGCUUGUGGUGUUCUGAGGGUUAUAUUGUUCGGGGUUAUGUUAGUGUGGUUUGUUUCAGUUCGGUGUUCACGCUGUGUUGUUCUUAUCCGGUGCCUGGUGGCACCGUGAGUUAAAUGUAUGCGUGUGUCACAUUAUUGCUCCCCUGUGCCUUGAGUUUUUCCUUAAUUGUGUCCACCUGCCUCUUACCUGAUUACCCAUCCCAUUGUGUGUAUAUAAGCCUUGUGUGUUGCUUCUGGUUUUGUCGGUUCGUACUCGUUACAUGUCAGUUUAUGUUCACAUCUGUCUACCCUGUCGUGUCUGCACUCCUGACCAUUAAAAAGGAACCAAAUGUC